AUGGUUUGUAUGGAAAAGGAGAGUAGUCGUUCAGUUACCUUCACAAAACGUCGUUUCAGCCUCUUUAAGAAAGCCAGUGAACUUACUACCCAUGAUGGUGCAGAGUUAGCGAUCAUUGUUUUUUCACCAGGACGGAAAGCCUUUUCUUUCGGCUAUCCUUCUGUUUGUUCUGUCCUCGACCAUUAUCAAAAUGAUACCAGUUUCUUCAACUAUCUCAUUGACUACCAAAUUGGCCAAGCCUCUGAGCGGAUUCAGGAUGAGGAAGGAGGUAACAUCAAAGAGUUGCUCCACAACCUUAUCAUCCUCGAAACUCAAUAUGAAACUGAGAAGAAGCGCUCUGAGAAAAUCAACAAUAGAAAACAGACACACGAAGAAAUGCGCAAAUGGAUGGCUAUGGUGGAGAACACUAAGAUUUUGGGAGAGCUUCAUAAAAUUCAAGAAGCACUCACCCAUCUUAACACCAUUCUGCAUCAACUCUACCAUGUGAUAGAGUUGAAUGCUAACAAUGGAGAUGUUGCUGGCUACCGUUACCCACCCAAUUUACUGGAGAAUCAAAAAUCUUUUCCCUAUAAUAAUUUUGGGGAUCAGCUUCAAAUUAAACUAUAG